CCUUGCAAGCCUGCGUGAGUCGACACGUAACCUGCGUGAGUCGACUUCAAGAUGGGGCCGUACGCACAGCCAUUCAUGGCUGCCCCCAAGAAGGAGAAGCUGGGUCGACCGCUCUUGGCGAGCAAUGCCGCCCUCAGCUGGUUCACGGAGCGUGCCACCAUGGAUGAUCGCUUUGCUCAAUGGACGUCCACGUCCCCGAGGGAGCUGCAGGAUGCCCGAGCCAGGUACUUUGCCAUCGGCUUCCCACAUGGAUGCAACAACAGCUCACACGACAUGUGGUCAACCUUCUACGAGGGUCAUCGACCACGACAGUGGCAAGGAAGCACUGAUGCGGCCAUGAUGGAGGGCUUUCAACCCUUGGAGAUCCACACCGCGCGCCUCCCUGAGCUUGGGGUAUGUUCGCCAGAGCCGGUGGAUGGAGGCGUCGCCGGCCAUGUGUCUUCUGUGGGUAGCCGAUCGGCGAGGUCUACAGGACGAAAGCCUGGCAAUGUUGAAGGUGCCUCGAAUGCCAGCACACGCAUCGCGACCGAUGCCAGCCGGGCUUCGUCCGGUGGCGUCCCAGCGGGUGCUCCAAGUGGUGCCUCCGUUUCUUCGAGACAAAGGUGUAAUAGCAGCUGCUCCUACGUCCAACGGCUGGACACCUUGCGGCGCGUGCAGCCGCGGCCACGAGUGGCUGGCCCGGUCCGAAAAUUGGACUGGGACAUGUUCACGGCGCGGGGGGUUCUUCGGGAGUUCGAGAAGUCAGGGGCGAAGUUGGAGGAAGGGUGUCGUUCGGUGGAUUGCGGUUUGGCAACAUGUUUGGUGGAUUGGGCGUACCUCUCAAAAAUGAAAUUAAGGGUUUAUGUGCGAAAAUUCGUCUUGCAAUUGUGAAAUUGAAAUGAUGCACUAUUUGCGAAACAGACAUUUCCUGCUUUGCACCAAGAGCCUGCAUUGCACCAAGAUAGAUCAUCUAAUGUUUGCAAUCAAGGAAGCCGCCAGCUUUUUCACCUUUGGUCUUGACGUGGCUGCACGACUGCGUGAACUGAGGUCGGAAUGGUGCACAGCCACAGGAUCGCCAGCGCAACAGUCUUUUUUUCAAUUGCAACAAAAAUGAGGCUGCCAAUGGCACAGACCCCCUGAAAAUUGUUUUCCACUUGCCAAAAUGGAUCCAGGGCGGGUCAUGCUUUUUGAUGAGGCAGUGGCAAAGACCCAAUGGCCAAAAUUUGACCCACCGGACAAGGCGCAUCCUGCCGGCAGUCUUUUGAUGUGGCUGCCAGUGGCAAAGGGCUUGCAUGGGGCCUGCUUUUGGCGGAAACACUGUGAUACAGCGUGGUAUGUACUUGGGGGAUCCCGACGGCAGGACUGACACAAAAUUGAUCCAGGCGGGUCUUUGAAUGGAGGGCACCCCGACAGUCUUUUGAUGAGGCUGCCAGUGGCAAAGACCCUCGUGCACAUGGCUUUUCAAGUAAAUGACCCGGGAGUCUUUGCGUGGAGGCGGCGGCAGUCUUCUGAUAAGGCUGGUCCUGCCGGCAGUCUUUCGAUGAGGCUACCAGGAAGGACCUCCCUGAAUGUUGCUUUCCAAUGACGCAAAGUUGAUCCAGGCGGGUCUUCAAGACCCCCCUGCAAAUGGUUUUGGAGUUGCAAAAAAUUGAUCCAGCGGCGGUCUUUGGAGUGAAGCUGCCAGUUGCAAAAACAACAUUGAAAGUUGCUUUCCAAUGGCCAAAGAUCCCGACUGCAGUCGUUUUAUGAGGCUGCAGUGGCGACCCUUACAACUGGCUUUCCAGUGCCUCAAAUCGACCCGGGGUCUUUGAACCGGCGGCAAGCUGUUCUAAUGGUAGAACAACGGCAGUCUUUUGAUAAGGCUGCCAGUGUUUGGAAUUGGCUUUCCAAUGGCAAAAUUGAUCCAGGGGUCCAGGGGUCAGACUUUGAAUGGAGGGCAUCCGACGGCGGUCUUUUGAUGUGGCUGCCAAGACCCCCCGAAAGUGGUUUUCUGAGGGGUGUUUGAUUGGGGAGGGGCGCCGUGAGGAAUCUGAAUGUGAAUCUCAAGCGGCUCUUCGACGACCAGGACGCAAUUCUCAAUCUAUAUGGUCCACAUCUUCAUCUUGAUCAUGAUCCACAUCAUCCUUGUGAUGCAAAGCAGGAGGUGGUCAUAGGUGGUCUAUGUUUUUUUUCCAGGGUGUUUUUGAUGUUGAAAGGCACAAACCAGGGCAUCCACCGACAAGUCUCGCAGUCGAACAGGUUUCGCAAUUAGUUAAGCAACAAAAUCCAUCAUUAGGUGAUUGUUUUUCGCUAUACCGGGUGCCCUCGGCGUGGACUAUGAUGAAAGAAUUCAAACAUACAGUAUGCGAUUUGUUGUUUCGAUUCCAAAUAGUUCUUCCAACAACUGGUUGUGCAAGGUAUUCACAAACUUCACAAAGAGCCCCAAAGAUCAGUUCUUUGUAUCCCUUGUUGCGCGUCAAGUUGUUUUUGACUCCACUUGGGAAUUAACUGAAAUGUUGUGGGAUUGGUCCUUUGCAAGGGUCGGGCCUUUGGAUAAUUUCGUGUUUCCUCAAGAGCGAUGGUUGGUUUCAAAAAACAAUAACAUUACUCAUGAACAAAACAUGGUUAGCUCGCCGUGUGCCUUGAUGCAGGAACAAAACAUGAGCAGACAGACAAAACAUGAUGCCGCAUAUGAUCGUCACAUGAUCCGAAAUUGGUCAAACAAAAUAUGUUUUCGACCGUUCAACGGGAAACAUCGGACCCUCCACUGUUGUGUGAUGGACUAGGUGGAAUUGGUUCCGAUCGAUUUUGGAGGGUCCCGCAUCGUUUGGAGGCGAAUCAAUGCAGAACAAUGUGUUAUUUUGCUAGAUUUUGUUAGUUAAUCCAUGAACAUAUUUGAGUCAAUUGGUUUUGAAAACCUGGGUUUCCAAAGUGGCGACUCUCUGGGCGCCACGCAAGGGGACUUUGUGAGAACCUACUCACCAGUCCAGACAGUCCAGACUUAGAUCUUACUCAGAUCCUUUGUUUUGUCACGUGACAUCCGUCUCUUCUGCGAGCAGGUCACCCGAACAACCGUUCCUUGGUCGAAGACGACGACGCGCCGUAGGUGUCCGCACAGAAAGACUUUGACUUCGAGGCGACAGGUCAGAGAGCGAUCUUUCCCACGGUGAUGCCAGGGGCCAAGCCAUACGCCUAUGGCGAGAGAAGGAGGAAGAAAGGGAAAGGCAAUGGUACAUAAGGCUUCCAGUCACAGCUCGCUAGGUGGUGUUACUCUUGUUUCAG